UCCGAUGGAUACUGGACAUAUUUGUAGACUCAUACUAAAUUAAAACUCCAGAGGAACCUAUAGAGAUUUGGUAAUUUGAUUUCUAGAGCCAUGAAACUCUGAGAGACCUGAACUUUCAUCUGGAGACCUUCAUUUUCUUCUUCUGCAUAACUUUAAAAAAUGUAUCUUCUCCAGAGUUUGACUUCCAGAUAAUGCAUGGUUUGCACAGACUGCUGCAUUCUUCCAGUGCCAAGAGAUGCAAAACUUCUUGAGUUUUCCAAGGACAUUCCUAUAAGGAUGUUCUUGGUGGAGUCCUGUCCCAUUGGUAUUCUUUGAGGAUUCCACCAUUCUCCUUAUCGGUUGGGGUUGCAAGGUUCCUUAGAGGAGAUGUUGAAGGAAGAGUGUAAGGCAUUACUAGAUGCCCUGAAUAGGGUGACGGCAUGCUACAGGCACCUGGUGCUCACCAUAGGUGGCACUGCCGACUCCCAGAACCUUCGGGAGGAGUUGAAGAAGACUCGACAGAAAGCCCAGGAGUUAGCGGUGGCCAACAGGAACAAGUUGACCAGCACUCUCAAGGACAACAGUCUCAGCAAAGAAGACAAGGUUGAGUUUGAGAGGCUAUGGGUCAUAUUCUCCACCUGUAUGGACCUCCUCGAGACGGACAUGAGAAGAGCCCUGGAGCUUGGUCAAGAGUUCCCAUUAAAUAUACCCAAAAAGCACAUCAUACAGACUGGCAUGAGCGGCGGUACCUCAGGGGUGGCAGCGAGGGCCAUGAGCGUUCAGAACAUGAAAUACGACGGCGAGCACAACAUAGAUGUCAUGGACCUCAAGGACCUGGAGAAUGAGAUCAAACAAGUCGACGAGAUGAUGCACGAGAUGGAAAUGAAAGUCGGCGUUCCUCAGUGGACUGUGGAAGCCAAGCAGAACCCAGGGGCAGAACUCAAGUGUGCCACCAGUGGAGGGGCAUCGUCUCCUGGCACCAUAUCUGCAGAAGAGAACAAGGCUAUUUGCGACCUGAGUAAACUUUUGGCUGGGGUGGUCUUCAGUGCCGUCCUUCUGAUUGCUAUCAUACUGGCUGUUUGCGUGGUCAAACUUUCGUGAGCUCACAUCUUCUCGCCCUGAAAUAGAUUUUU